GGCCCGGGGAGAGCACGUCCGGGGUGCCCGCCCCCUCGCGGGCAGUGGGACCCUGUGUGCGAGGGAGCCGCAGCUCAGGGGACUGCGGGGCAGCUCCCCGGGCAAGGGCGGCGCUGCUGGCUGCCCGGCGGGCGACCACGUGAGGGAGCCUGGCCCCCGCCCCGGCCUCGCUCGCUGCCGGAACCUUUGGCUCCAGGCCGGGUUUCCGCGGCCGCUGGGUGUCCCAGCGCCAGCCCCAGCCCCAGCCCCGCCAUGGCGGCGGAGGGGAAGGAUCCGCUCGGCUACUUCGCGGCCUACGGCGGCGAGAGCAGCAGCUCCAGCUCGGACUCGGAGAGCGACGCGCCGCGCGCCGCCGGGGGAGAGGCGGCCGGGGCUGCUGGGGAGGCGGCCGGGGGCAGCCCGGGCCGGAAGCCGCGGCUGCCCGGGCCCGACGAGCUGUUCCGGAACGUGUCCCGGCCGCCGUCCUUUCUCUACAACCCGCUCAACAAGCAGAUCGACUGGGAGCGCCGGGUCGUGCGGGCGCCCGAGGAGGUGAGGCCCGGGGCGGGGACGGCCCCGCCCGCGAGGGGUCUCGGGUCGGCGCCAUACGAGGCGGGCUCUCGGCCUCCUAAGGAAUUCAAAGUGUGGAAGAGUAAUGCAGUACCACCACCUGAGAUUUACAGUAUUAAGGAAAAGAAGCCGCCACCACCUCCUGAGCUUGAUAUGGCAAUAAAAUGGUCCAACAUAUAUGAGGACAAUGGUGAUGAUGCUCCACAGCAAACAAACAAAGUUAACUUUUUACCAGAAGAGGAGCAAGAGCCUUCAGAAUCAGAUGAUGAAAAAGAUGAACCAGCUUCUGCUAAGAAACGCAAACUAGACAGUGGAGAAGAGACUAAGAGGAAGAAGUAAUAAGCAGGACGAACUGCAUUUGGCCCCCUAUGGAGACCUAGUGAACUUUGAUUCCUCUGCUGAAAUGGGAAACAAAUACACUUUCACCUAACUUAUAUCAUAUGUUGUUUAGAGAUUUUUUUAUUUCCAUAGAAUAUUUGCCACUUGGAAAGCACAAGAGUUCAUGGAUCAGUAUUGUGAUAAAACUUGUAUCCACUGAACAAAAAUUAAGUCCAUGUAAUCAAUUUAUUUAAAACACAAUCUUUUAAAGUAUUUGAUGAAUAUUUGUGCUCCUACAGGUUAUAAGGCUUUGUGGUAUUCUCUUUAUCCACAGACUUCUGAUGUGAGCUUUUCUCAGCUGACCUGCCAUCGUGCUAAAACCUUUUAUAAAGGAAGAUAUUUUUUAAAAUGUUGUUUUAAGUAAUGUACUGUGGUACAUGUUUAAUCAAUACUGUUUUGAAAUGUAUGUAAAGAGUGUAAAUACGUAGGUCAUCUGAAAUUAAAACUACAUGUGAAAAUGUAUAUAGCUUAGCUGUUUAAUAUGUAAUGUAAUGGACAAAUUCUAUAUGGUGUGUGUUUUAGCGGUAUGUUAGAGACGCUUGAUAGAUUCUUCAAGGUUUGGUGUGUAAUAAAUUGAGAGUUACGGCUUCAUUUAGGACACUGCCCUUCAAAAAUGUACUUGAAAAGUGGAGCUUGCUUUGAAAUCUAUGCUGGAUACCACCAUGGUGUUGCCUGCAGCAGUGGCUUAUGAGGUUAAAUGAUGUGAGGAAAAUUGUCAAUAUUGCAGAAUGGGGUCAAUUUAUGUAUUCUGUAUUCUCAAAGUGGAGAACAAAACUGACAUGCAGGCUAAAAACAGAAGUUGUCACGGCUCAACUUCACCACACAAAGAUUGUCAAAUGCAUCUCCUUCAGUACAAAAUAGCAAUAUGAAGCUCAGGUGACUUUUAUACACAAGCAGAAACACAGGAGUUCUGCAGUAAGCAAGCAAUCUGGGUCUGUUCAUUGCUCGCAUUGCAGAAUCUAGUCAAGCAACAUGCCCUCCUGAUUCA